CGAGUGUCCGCGAGCAGUCGAGCCGUGUGCCGCGUCGCGGUAGCGUCGAAGAGCGUCGUAGAGCGUCGUUUGGUGCGCGUCACGCGUGUCCCUUCGUCGUCGUGCGCGAGGAUGACGCCUUCCCCGAUCUCGCGAUUAUGAGAGCGCCGGGGCGAGCCUAGUCUCGUCAACGUUUUUUCGUGCUUUUUUGUGGUGUUACUUCGACAAAAAAAAAAAUAUAUAUAUAUACAUAUAUACAUAUAUAUAUAUAUAUAUUUCGAAAAGAAAUAUUUCGAAAUAGAGAAGAAGAAACGAGACCAAUAGAAAACGGUAGACGGUGUGUCGUGUAUAUUCUUUUUUCUUCGUCGUCGUCGUCGUCGUCGUCGUCGUCGUCGUCGUCGUUAUUGUCGUUGUCGUCGUCGUCGUCGUCGUCGUCAUUGUCGUUGUCGUAGUCGUCGUGUCGUUGUCUCGUGAUCGUCGGUGAACGUUCUACUACGCGACCGCGUGACCUCGUCGCUGUUCUCAUCGGUUGUGCGGAGGGGAGAAAAGAGAGAAGGAAACAAAGAAGAAAGAGGAAGAAAUAAAAGAAGAAUAAUAAUAGAGAGGAAAAUAAAAAGUUUACGUUACGAAGAAGAAAAAGAAGGAGAAGAAGAAGAAGAAGAAAAAGAAUAGAUAAGAGAAAAACGGUUCUUUGAAAAUGAUGCGAAACACGAGGUCAUAUAAAAGUUAAGUAUAAACCGAGAAAGAGAGAGACAGAGAGAGAGAGAGAGAGAGAGAGAGAAAGAGAGAAAGAAAGACAUACACGAGAGAGAAAGAAAGAAAGAGCGAGAGAGAGAGAGAGAGAGAGAGAAGGAUAAAAGAACGAAGAGACAAGAAAUUGAAGGACAAACUCCGGAUAAGUAAACGUGAAAUAUUAUUUAAAAGGAAAUAUACCAUACGUACAUAGAAGAGAAUAGAAGAAACAUGACGAUGGCUAGCAACAUUGUGGUCGAGUGGUUGCGUUCGCUCCAUCUCGGCCAAUAUUCCGAAUCGUUCAUUGACAAUGGCUAUGACGAUCUUGAAAUAUGCAAGCAAAUCGGCGAUCCCGAUUUAGAUGCUAUCGGUGUUUUCAAUCAAACACACCGUGCACGUUUAUUACAAUCUGUGAAGACAUUAAGGGAGGAGGGAGCAGCCAGCGUUUAUUUCACGUUAGAAGAAACUAACGAGUGUCUUUGCGAUAAUGUUAGCUCAAAAUCGUCUAGAACAUCGUCGGAAAGACCACCGAGCGACAAGGAUGUACAAAGGGCAUCACCAACUGCUAGUUCUUCGAGCGGUGGUCAAGAAUUGACAAAGUUCGCGGAUGAAUACGAAGAAGGGAAGGCUGAACUCGUCAGGAUCCCUCGAAUGCAACUUAGGAUGCUACUGCAAGAGAAGCUCAGGCAUGACGGCAUCAGACUCGCUUGUCAACCUUAUACUACACCGGAAGGCGAGAGGGGAUACUUGGAGGGACUAGCUUCAAGGUAUGCAGACCUCUUCAGAACGCAUUACGGAGAUGUCCUGGAGCCGCUUGAGGAGUUACGCCGACGCGAAACAAAUGCUUCCCCCAGAAUGCCCAACACUCAGCUUACCACCAGUCAUUCACAGCCCAUUUACGUGCCUGGAAAAUACUCGCCAUCGAGUUGCCUCAGUGAUAAGGAAGAAGAUGAGAUCUAUGGCUUCGGUUACGGUGUCUUCAGUAGACAAAUGCUUCAACAUCGUCAACAAAAACUUGCACUCGCCACGCAGAAUACGGCCGCCAUGACACCGGCUGGACAUCCGCAACCUUACCAAAGCUGUCUGAGCCCGAGAUCAGCAUUUUUCUACGAAUUUCCACCUAAUGAGCAAGGACAAAACACGAGUAAGAAGAAGACUACAUUCUCAAGGUUAUUGAGAGGUUUAAAAACGCACAAGAAGGAGAAGCAAGGUCAAACGCAAGGAUCUCCAAGACACGGUCGUGCGAGAAUAGGAGUACCACAGAGAGUCGAUACACCGGACAGCGUCCUUCAGAGUGGAUUAGGUCCAGGACCAGAUAUGGGUCAUACGAUAUUACGUUCAAUGGUAGACCCGCGAGAUUACGACCGACUGAGGUAUUUGCAAAUGAAUGGAGGUCAGCCAAAUAGCUUUGAAGAGACUAUAAAUAGGUUGAAAGUUCAAGAAGCAUUGAGGCAAAAAGAACGAUUUCACAAAGAACACGAGGAAAUAUUGAGAGACAUCAGACAUGGCUUAAUGCAAUUAGGACGAGAUGGACGCGGUCAGGUUACAGGAGACGAUACCUACAUGUACGACGAGGAUGCUCGAUGUGGAGGUACAGGUGGUUUAGGUGGUGGUUUAGGAGGUCAACAUUGGUACGAUGAACCACCAUACGAAUCGGACCCCGAAGAUUUUCUUAUGGGAGCUAGUGGAGGUCCCGUACCUACGGCUACCAUUCAAAAUGGAAGAGUAUGCUUUACAUUGAAUCCAAGACCCGAAAAUAGAGGCGAAGGAGUGAUUUCCUUGAGAACUGCCGGUGACAUCAGUCUACCACGUGAACGUUCCAAAGGAGCAGCUUCGACGAUGCGAGGAUUGAUUGUACCUCAAGGACAUAACAAUCCACCCACGAUUAUACCUCUAACGCACUCCAGGGCUUCACGAGAGAGUGGAGAUUAUGCGAGCAGCGACGUUCAAAGCCGGAGUAGCGGGGAGGAGGGACUUUCGCCGAGCCAGAGCAGCGACUACGAGGAACAAGAAGAGCUUGAGAACCAACACUCCGCCGCUACACACACAUCGGAGGCGAGUGCUCUAUUGGAUGAAGAAACUAAAACUGGGGUGGUAGGUGGACGUGCAAGAAAUCUCAGACACGAUGUACAAACGAAGAUCUCAAGGCUUCGCCAGGAUCGAACGUCCUCUGAGGCCUUUCCUUGUAGCGCCAGUAGCGUCGAGAGUCUUCCAAGCGGAAGUGGUUCUAGCACGCAAGCUUUGGUACGAGCGGGAAGUAAUCACAGCUCGAUAUCGUGCGAAGAAAGAGACGCCAUAAGCCCGACGUCCAUCGGCCCUGUACUUUGCAGGGCGAGAGCCUUGGUCGAUUACACACCUAGUCCUUACGAUAAGGACGCGCUCAAAUUUAAGAAAGGUGACAUCAUCGACGUGGUACAAAUGAACAAAAGUGGUCUUUGGAAAGGUGUCGUUCACAACAGGAUAGGACACUUCAAAUUCAUCAACGUAGAGAUACUGAACGAUCGAGUACCAAGACGGGGUGACUCGGAACGUAGUAGCAAGUGGGGUCAAAGAUACAGGCAAAAGCCCGGAUCGGUUCAAGAGCUUUUACAAAGAAUGAAUCUUCAGGAACACAUUUCCGUUUUCGUGCUGAACGGUUACGAGGAUUUGGAGCUGUUCAGGGAAAUAGAGCCAGCGGAUCUCGAUUAUUUGAGUAUACAUCAACCGGAGCACCGUGCCAAGAUACUUACGGCCGUACAACUACUGCACGACCUUCAGUCUGGUAGCGAAGGAGAUUUGGCUUCGAGUUCGGAAGGAGACGAGGUUAGCAGAUUAGUUCUUCAUUCGGGACAAACGUCCGGUCAUUGUUCUCCCUUCAAUCGCCGACAAUUCCCAAGGGAUUCUGGUUGCUACGAUGCCCAUAAAAAUCCAACAAGUCGCCGAAACGUCAGUCCUGAAUCAUCGAUGACGACGAAGAUAUCCAGAGAGAAUAAUCUCGACAGUAGUGCUCAGAGUAAGAUAGCAGCUGGCAAUGUUACCGGCGAGGGUGGUAAUACAUUAACAGACGUUAAGGAUGACUUUCAUCCCAAUAUACCUAUUGGCGGAUCACUUUUAACGCAAAAGGAAGGACAAUUUGAUAAAUCUCCUUUGUUACGCGGCGGUAGCGCUAGGGCAAUCGGAAAGAGAAGUAAUUUUGGAGAAACUGUAGUGAUCGAGGAGGCCUGCGAAGGUAAUCAAAAGCUUGGUAUGGUCAAAUACGUUGUCGGUGGUAACACAGAUCUUGGACUCGAAGCCGCUCGUGACGUUACCACGGCUUUGAGUCAGCGCGGUUGUUUAAGCGAGAAAUCAAGCGAUUCUGGCGUAAGUUCGUCUAGCAUUAGCUCGGCACCUCCACCAAGAGACAAAUCAUUAGCUACCGGUACAGGUCCCUCGCAAACAUCAGUUUCUCCUACCAAAAAUCAAUUCGGUAAUUUCACGAGGACACCUGUGACCUCUCAAACUACCGCCAAGGUGCAAGGUAACGCAAGCUCAGAAUAUCCGUGAGUCGACGAGAAAAGGCGAAAUUAUUCGCUGAAAUGGCAUCGACCUUAUUAAAAUACUCCGAUGAAAUAUCUUAAAGAUAAAUAUUCGAAAGGGCCUUUUUAAAUGUUUCAAGAGAAAUAAAAGCUUUACAAGCCAAACGUGAGUAUGUAUACUCGAUCGAUUAAUGACUUGGUCGUUUUGGCUGCUUCUUCUAAGUAUACUUAUCCGAUCGAAUCGAGUAGAUACAUAUUAUGUAUAUCGAUAAAAAAAAAAAAAGAAAGAAAGAAAAAAAAAAGAUAAUAAAAAUAAAAGAAAAGGGGAAAAAAAACGAGAGGGAGAAUCGAAAACUCUUUACAUUCUUUCGUUUCAGUCGAGACCAUUGUUAUAGCGAUAUUUUCCAACUUUCUACGUCGCCGUUCUAUCCUUCGAGAAUAUUUGUAGAAAACAUGGAAUAUACUUAAUAUAUAUGUAUAUAUGUAUAUAUAUAUAUAUAUAUACACGUAUAUAUAUAUAUGUACACACACACAUACACACAUCGAUGACAACGUGAAACUUCUUAAAUCCGAAUUUUCAUCGUGCGACGAUACGCCUAUGAGAAUCUUUCGAAAAACACUCGUACAAAAGGGACUUAACGAGAUUCUCUUCAACGAUACGUAGGAACUCGAGUUAUGUACGAGCAUUCCCUCGAUAGCCUUUAACAUUUUCGCCAAUAUAUUUGUAUUGCCUUGUGUCGACUUCAAACGUACGUAUAUACUUGAGAGAGCAUGCAGCAAGAAGAAGAAGAAGAAAACAAAGAGAAAGAUGUAUAUAUAUAUAUAUAUAUAUAUAUAUAUAUAUAUAUAUAUAUAGACAUUAUACAUAUAUCUCACUGCCGGCCAGCGUACGAUAUCGUAAGAAUACUCCGAUUUAUGAUGGCGUUGCCCUUAGACCGAGAAAAUAAUCUUACGCGGCGAACGACGGUCGUGUAACAAUAAACAAACAUUAUGUGAUACGGUAGCAAUAUAUGGAUCGAUUUUACGAAUAAGUAGAUAGAAAUGGUUUCCGAAUGAAGAAUACGAGCGAUCUCGUCUCACCUUUGUGACAAAAUUAACAAUAUUAUAAAGAAUUGAAGAAAGAGGGUGAGGUGGAAAAAAUGAAAAAAAAAGAAAAAAAAAAAAAAGAACAAGAAAAGAAAACGGGCACAAAAUACGUUUCGAAUAUCUAAUACGAUAUCUAAAUAAAAUGGACUGAUUCGAGCGAUUACAUUUUUUUCGUGUUCUAUGGAAUAUUGUUUAAUAAAUGUCACGAAUGUGAACGAGAAUGUGCAACUUUAUAGAAAACUUCUCCUAGACGUGGCGACCUCUUCUGUUUUCGUAUACGUCGUAUAUCUUGACGAUUUGUCUCGACUAAAAAAUGAGUUUUGUAUUUGAAAAGUGACAAACCUUUCUCAACGAGUACAGCAAGCGCUUUGAACGAAAAACAAAAAAGAAAAAAAAAAAAAGAAAAAAAAAGAAAAAAAGAAAAUAAUAAUAAUAAUAAUAAUAAUAAUAAUAAUAAAUAAAUAAAUAAAUAAAUAAAUAAAAAUAAAAAUAAAAAUAAAAAUAAAAAUAAAAAUCUUUCAAUCUCCGGUCUGCCAAGAAAAAUCCAUUCACUCUUCCGAUAGCGAAUUUUACGUUUUCGAACUUAUAGAAAAGAAGGAGGAAACAAAAACCGAAAAAGAAAAAACUGAAUAACAAAAAAAAAAGAAAAAGAGGAAAAAAAAUACAAAAAAAAAAAACCAAACGAACGAAGAAAAACAAUAAAAAGCAAGAGAAAGAGAGAGAGAGAGAGAGAGAGAGAGAGAGAGAGAGAGAGAAAAAAGAAGAAAGAAAUUACACAUUUUCGAUUUCGAAAUAGUUCGAUGAGAGAUAAAGUUUUGAGAAUACGAUGGAAGAAAAGAGAAAAAGAAGAAGAAGAAGAUGAUGAUGAAAAUUAAUAAGACAAGAAAAGAGAAACGAAUGAAUGUUUUUUUUCUUUUUUUUUUUCGAUUUACGCUAACACACAUCGCCGUUUAAUUAUUCACAAUAUUAUACGUACUAUUUCUUACGAUCGACAAUCCUUCGACCAUCGGCCGAUGUCGUUAACCCUUUGGUACCUUCGACGCGAUGGUCUCUUGUAAAUGUGUAUAUUGGCGCCGCACCACGAAAAAUAUUGAAAGUUAUAAAGAUUUUGUAUAUAUUAUUAAGCGUAGAGACCUAACGAUGUUUUGUAUUGAUCUUUGCCAAAACUUAAAAGGUAGACUAUUAUAUACAUAGACGAUAUAUUAUAACGUUGGAUCUUAUGUAAAUCUUUUGUAUAGUGUAAAAUCAUGGAUGAUGGUGUUAUAAAGAAUGAAUGCUUAAGAUUGAUUAAGAAAAAAAGAAUUCACGAGAACGAGCGAGAUAAGAGAAGGGAGAUAAGUAAACGAAACAAAACAAAACAAAAACAGAUUAGGAAGAAUAAAAAAAAAAAGGAAAAAAAAAAGAAAAGCAGAGAAAAGAAAAGUCGAAUAAGAGAGUCCGAUUAUUAUACAUACGCGAGAUAAUUUUAUAUAUUUAAGAAGAUAUAUAUAUAUAUAUAUAUAUAUAUAUAUAUAUAUAUAUCGACGACGGACCUAUACACACACAAAUUUGUACAUUAUACACGAGAUCAAUCUGGCCCCUCCCCUUCCUUCCGUCUUUUUGAGCGAAUAAUUAAAAAAAAAAAAAGGAAUAAGAAGAAGAAAAAACAGGAAAGAAAAAAAGAGAGAAAGAGAAAGACACACACACACACACACACAUACGCGCGCACAAACACGCAUACACAUUCAGGGAGGAGAGGUAAAAUACAUUGUCGAAAAUCACAAAAGUUUCAAAAACAUGGAAUAAAACGUAAGUGGUCAACGAUGCAUGUUCAUCCUUCCCAUCGACAUCUAUAGACGUAUUAUCUGUAGAAAUUUAGAAAAUGCGAAUAUUUCUGAAUGCGAUAGAAAACAAAGGUCAAAGGGGAAAUAAGUAAAAACAGAAAAAAAAGAAGAAGAAAAAACAUAAGAAGAGAAAAAAAGGGAAAAAAAGAAAGAAAAUAGUUUUAAAAAGGCAUUCGCGAAAUGUCCUUAAAUAAAAAUCAAGGAUUGAUUAAAAACCAUCAUCACUAUCAUCCCCACCACCCUCGUACCUAGAUAUACAUAUAUGUGUAUAUAUAUAUAUAUAUAUAUAUAUAUAUAUAUAUAUAUAUACACAUCACAAUCGACACGAGUUACUUCUACGAUUUUGAAGAUUGAUUUAUUAGCACGCAAGCUGCAAUUGCGAUUGCGAUUGCGAUUGGGAUUGCGAUUGCGUGCAUCAAUACCGAAAGCGCAAUAAAUCCUUUUACAUCUGGCUUGGACAAUGACGUGUACGGAUCACAGUUCGCAGUUUCGAGCUCCGUCGAAAGAGAUAUCAUAUUUUGAAAUCGUUUAAGAUCUCGAAUAAUUCGAGCAUUAUAUCGUGAAUAAAGGAGUUUCGCGAUAGAGUGAUCUAUACUCGUAACGAGGAGAAGCUUACUCCGUAUAUCUCGUAUUAAAUAGUUAAUUAUUUUCAUCAAAAGUACGAGUAUAUAUAUAUAUAUAUAUAUAUAUAUAUAUAUA